AUGGAGCCAAUCCCGGACCCCUCCCACCUCCUGCCGCCCUCUUCACUACGCCGUCUGGCGCGCCAGUGGCUGUUGGAGGACUCACCUCAGCUGGAUUGGGCGGGGUCUGUGGUGGGUGAGCGUCCGGUAGGGGCCACCCUCUUCCUCAAGUCUCCCUCGGUUCUAGCCGGCUCGCCUUUCGCCCAGGCGGUCUUCCGGGAGGCCGGCUGCCGGGAGGCCGGCUGCCGGGCCCGUUGGCUGUGGCGGGACGGGGGACCUGGAGCCCGUCUGCACAGUGGACCGUAUCUGGGGAUCGGCCCGGCCCUGCUGCUGUCCGAAAGGUCCGCCCUCAACGUUCUUGGCCGGGCUAGCGAGGUGGCCAAGUCCUGCCGUUCCGCUCAAGAACUGGCCCGCUCCCUGGGCUGGAGCGAGCGGCUGGCGGGUACCCGAAAGACCACCCCUGGCUUCCGGCGUGAAAAGCACGUCAUGGCGGUGGGUGGGGUUGAGACCAAUCGAUACGGCCUCAGCAACCUGCUCAUGUUCAAGGACAAUCACCUGGUGGUGGUCGGCGAUAUCGCUAAGGCGGCGCGGGAAGCCCGGAUGAUCGCGAGUGUCUAUAACAAGACGAAGGUAGAGUCGCUCUCGCUGGAGGAGGCACGCCAGGCCGUUCUGGCGGGAGCCGAUAUCGUGAUGCUGGACAACUUUACUUCCCAGGUUAUGCAGGACGCCGCUAGGGCCCUGAAGCAAGAGUUCCCGCGGUUGCUGAUCGAAGCCAGCGGUGGGAUCACCCAGGAGAAGCUGCCCGUCUACCUCAGCCCUCACGUCGACGUCAUCCCGCUGGGAUCCUUCACGCAGCAGCUGACCGCUCUCGACUUCUCUAUGAAGGGCCUUCCCGAGCUGGGCAGCGAGCCCGAGUCCUGGUCCUCCCCAGCACCUGACCCGUCGCUGGAACCGAGCGACUUCGCCUUCUAG